AUGGCCAGCAGGUCACAAUCCCAAGUACAAUACAAGUAUUUGCAACUGUUGUUUGGCAUUCACAAAGACCACGACUACAAUACCAAAACAGCGACGGAGUACCAGGUGAAGAAGUACCUGCUGCUGCUGGCCACCCUGGUGGCGACGGUGACCUACGCGGCGGGGCUCAACGUGCCGGGGGGUUCCUGGCUGGAGGACGACCUGCCGGAAGGGCAUCUCGCCGGCGACUCCAUCCUCCGGGACACCAGCUUCCGCCGCUACAUCGUCUUCUACUACUUUAACGCCAUCUCCUUCGCGGCGUCGCUCAUGGUCGGCCUCCUCCUCCUCAUCGUCCACCAGGACGGCCAGAGCUGGGGCAACUGGGCGCUGCUCCAGCUCGUGCGCGCCGUCAUGCUGGUCGACCUGCUCGGCCUCUUGGGUGCCUACGCCGUCGGCAGCAGCCACGACAGGUUCACCACCGUCUGCGGCGCCACCGUGCUCGCGUCCGGCGUCGUCGCCUACGCCGCCGUCGCCUUGGUAACGAAAUGGUUCGUCACCACCGCCGCCGCCGCCGCCGACGACGACGACCAAAAUAAACAAGAGAGCCUGCAGGAGGCCAAGGCCAAGGGGCGAAAGAAGGAGCACGAGAUCCUGUUGGUGCUCGCCAUCUUCGCGGCGACCAUCGGGUACGUCGCCGGGCUGAACCCUCCCGGCGGCUUCUGGCGGAGCUCCGACGACUCCGAGCAGGCCGGGCACCACCACCACCACAACGCCGGCGAACCGGUGCUGCAGGGCCUCCACCGCACCCGCUACAGGGUCUUCUUCUACUUCAACACCACCGGCUUCGUCGCGUCCCUGCUCGCCAUCAUGCUCGUCGUCAGCUUUGACAAGAUGAAAUACGAGGAGCAGGACCGUAUCCCGACGGGAGUAAGGAAGCUUGCGCUGUUUGGACCCAACGUCACGGCACUCUUGGGCCUUGCGGGUGCUUACGCCGCAGGGAGCUGCAGGGACAGCAGGCACACCAUCUAUAUUGUUCUAGUUGCUGCCUCCAUUUCUCUCCUGCUCUUUGUUGCCCAAAUGAUAGCAAAGAGGAUGAACUCCAACAGCAGAGCAAAUCUCCCUACCAAGAGCGAGUCGACCAGCAGAAGGAGUGGAUCCACAAUGAACAGCAGCGACGAAACAAAAGCUUUACCAUACAAGAACUGGGCAAAGACUCGUGAAGAUCUGCAGCUGCUUGCCAUCCUUGUGGCGACCGUUGCCUACACAGCAGGGGUGGAUCCACCGGGCGGCGUGUGGGCGGAAACCGGGCACGGUCACAGAGUGGGCGACCCCAUCCUCCUGACGACGCACCCCGUGCGGUACAAGGUCUUCUUCUACUGCAACUCGGCAGCCCUAGUGGCGUCCCUGGCCAUCAUGGUCAUGCUGCAGAGCGACCGUCUGGUCCGGAAGCACGCGCUGGAGGCGGUCAUGAUACUCGACCUCUUCGCCCUCAUCGGCGCAUUCGCCGCCGGCGGAGCACGGGACACCUCCACCUCCGUGUACACGGUGGCCUUGGCUGGCGCCGUCCUCAUCUAUGUCGUCAUCCACAUCGUCUUCUUCACCCUAGAUACCCCGGCACCACCGCCGCCUGCAGAGGGUGGUGAGAACCACGCCGUCGCCGACGAGGAUCCAAGCACCACCCCGGCGCCGGCGGCACAAAAGGGUGAAAAGAAGAAUGUCGACGAGCAGAGGCAGGAGGAGAAGCAGCUGCAGAAGAGGCGUGACGUGCUGCUACUGCUCGCGAUCCUGGCGGCGACGCUCACGUACCAAGCUGGCCUGACACCGCCGGGCGGCACCUGGGAGGAAGACGGCGGCGGCGAUUCGUCGUCGUCCUCCGGCGGCGGGCACCGCGCCGGCUUCCCGGUGCUCCUAGACAAGUUCCCGCUCCGUUACAAGACAUUCUACUACUGCAACGCGGCGAGCUUCAUGGCGUCGGUGGCGCUCAUCGUCCUCCUCCUGAACCAGAACCUGUACAAGCCUGGCAUCCGGUGCUACGCGCUCUACGUCUGCAUGGUGGCCGGGAUGCUGGGACUCAUGGGUGCCUACUCAGCUGGGAGCUCCCUGCAUCUCAGGACAUCCAUUGUUGUCUUGGUGUUUGCGUCUCUGCUGACAGUCGCAGCGUUCGCGGUGGCGAUCUACGUGAAGAAACGCAACGAUAAGAAAGCCAGAAUUCGCCAAGGUGAUGAUGAUGAUGAUGGCGGCGGCCAAAAAAGGCCCAAAAUAAAAGCCAAAACCAACAAGGCAAAACGCAAGGAUGACGGCGACGCGAUGACGUAUCUGAUGCUGGUCGGAAUACUGGGCGCCAGCGUGACGUACCUGACGGGACUGAAGCCGCCGGGUGGCACCUGGAGGGACGACGGCGACGGACACUCGGCGGGGAGCCCCGUCCUCUACGACACCGGCAAGCAUCGGUACAACGCCUUCUUCUACAACAACUCCGCGUCCUUCAUGAUCUCCAUCAACAUCAUCGCCUGGCUACUUGUCCGGAUGAUCUGGGGACCUCGCCGGAAAGACGACGACGAAGCUGCGACGACGGCGACGACGACGACGGCGAAGACGACGGCGAGUUCUGUCGUUGUUCAUCUUUCGCCGCUGUAUGGAGCAGUGGUGCUGGACUUGGUGGCUCUCCUGGGAGCCUACGCGGCGGGCAGCGCUCGCAAGUGGGGGACAAGCACCAAAGUCGUCGUCAUGCUCGUCCCUGUAUUGCUCGUCGUUUGGCUGGUUCUCUUCUGCUGCGACAAACAAACAAAAGACAAGCCAGCAGCAACAUCACAACCAGCAGUAACAAGCUGAAAUAUAAAAUAAAUUGCUCCCCAGCUCAAAACUGCUCCUGUUCAACCGGAGCACUCUGCUACAUGCGUAGAGUUGUUUGUUUGCAUAUUUUUUAUUUACUUAAUAUAUAUUACCUCUCCGCACAUAUGUAACAAUUCUCCGUUUCUUUACAACUAUGUAUACUGAACAAAGGG